GUGAAGAAACGCAGUCGCGAACUAAAGAAGCAGCAUCGCCAGCGCAAGAGGGAGCUCCGCGCCGCUUCUGGUGCAAAAGGCAAGGGCAAAGUGAAGAAGAGCAAGGAGUGGAAGGAUCAGAAGAAGGCAUAUAAGGAGAAGAAGAAGGGUUUGAGAAAGGAGAAGCUGGCGGCA